GAGACGGCGGCGCGGGAGGCUGCCUGCGACACCCCCUGAGGAAAUUGUGAGGUUUGGGGACCGUCCCGGGCCGCGUCCUCUGUCGAUACCAGACCAACCGUUAGCUGCCCAGGCCGUGGGCAAAGCCCAGUUGCCCUGCCUCUCUGCUGCCAUGGGAAUUCAAGGCCUGGCCAAAUUGAUAGCUGAUGUGGCCCCCAGCGCCAUCCGGGAGAAUGACAUCAAGAGCUACUUUGGCCGCAAGGUGGCCAUCGAUGCCUCCAUGAGCAUCUAUCAGUUCCUGAUCGGUGUUCGGCAGGGUGGUGAAGUGCUGCAGAAUGAAGAGGGUGAGACCACCAGCCACCUGAUGGGCAUGUUCUACCGCACCAUCCGCAUGAUGGAGAACGGCAUCAAGCCAGUAUAUGUCUUUGAUGGCAAGCCACCGCAGCUGAAGUCGGGCGAGUUGGCCAAGCGCAGCGAGCGGCGGGCUGAGGCGGAGAAGCAGCUGCAGCAGGCUCAGGCCACCGGGACAGAGGAAGAGGUGGAAAAGUACACCAAGCAGCUGGUGAAGGUCACCAAGCAGCACAAUGACGAGUGCAAGCAGUUGCUGAGCCUCAUGGGCAUCCCGUACCUCGACGCCCCCAGCGAGGCCGAGGCCAGCUGUGCCGCCCUGGUGAAGGCUGGCAAAGUCUACGCUGCGGCCACCGAGGACAUGGACUGCCUGACCUUCGGCAGCCCCGUGCUCAUGCGGCACCUGACUGCCAGCGAGGCCAAGAAGCUGCCCAUCCAGGAAUUCCACCUGAGCCGGGUCCUGCAGGAGUUGGGCCUAAACCAGGAGCAGUUUGUGGAUCUGUGCAUCCUGCUGGGCAGUGACUACUGUGAGAGCAUCCGGGGCAUCGGGCCCAAGCGGGCCGUAGACCUCAUCCAGAAACACAAGAGCAUUGAGGAGAUCGUGCGCCGGCUUGACCCCAGCAAGUACCCUGUGCCCGAAAACUGGCUCCACAAACAAGCCCACCAGCUCUUCCUGGAGCCCGAAGUGCUGGACCCAGAGUCUGUAGAGCUGAAGUGGAGCGAGCCCAACGAAGAAGAGCUGGUCAAGUUCAUGUGUGGCGAAAAGCAGUUCUCCGAGGAGCGAAUCCGCAAUGGGGUCAAGAGGCUGAGCAAGAGCCGCCAGGGCAGCACCCAAGGCCGCCUGGAUGACUUCUUCAAGGUGACAGGCUCCCUCUCUUCGGCGAAGCGCAAGGAGCCAGAACCCAAGGGAUCCGCCAAGAAGAAGGCAAAGACUGGGGCCACGGGGAAGUUCAAAAGGGGCAAAUAAGAGAUGGAUUUAUACCCAUUAUACCUCCUGGCUCCCCAAAUAGCUGCCUUGUCAUUACUCCUAGGAGCUAGAGCCACCUCCAUUUGGUGGGGAGGGACCUUGUGGCUUCUCUGGCGCGUUCUUUCUCAGUAGCUUCCUCUUUUUGACUUGACCACAGGCAGGAAGGCUACUGGUUGCUUUGUGUGCUUUGUUUGUUCAGCAAAGUGUGUCAGGCACAAACCACUGCUGGCCCCUUACUGGACCGUGACAUCCAUUGUGAUGUGAAAGUGAUGGGGACACGUUUUUUUAUGAAAGGAGAGGGAGAUGGGUGGGCAGGCAAGGCUGUAGAGAAAUUAUUUCCUCGCUGAUCAACUAGAGGCUGAUGGGAGGUGAUAUCGGAACCAGACUGCUACUCCCCGACUUCAGCCUUGAUCUCAUCCAAACAAUAGCCACCAGAGACCAAGGCUUCACCGAUUGCGGAAAGAGUUCCUGAGAAAGAAGACGAACAGACCAGGGGUCCUGGCGUUGGUAGCAAGGGUUGGGUUGCUGGUAGCAGAUCUUCAGAAUGGGCCGGAACUUGAACCUGUUUGUCAAUUGAGCCUUAGAGCAAUAAGGAGUUGAUCUGAGGCAAUAAACUAAUUUAGACUUUGGAAUAAAA